GGGACUUUCAAACAUGCUGUCGAAAGCUGCCGCAGGUAUCAGGAAACGCUUCGAGCUUUCUCGUCGACGUCGUCAGAGGGUGGGAAACUCUCACGCCCUCCCUCCCUCGCUCCCUCCCACCCCUGGUCCUCGUCGGGCGAGAGAGUGGAAGAUCCAGUAGCGUCGCCGAUGUAGGGAGUCGGGCCCUCCACGCCGUGCCCGUCGUCCCUCAACGGUGCCCUCCACUCCACUUUGUUUCACUUCGGAGCGAAUCAUUUUCGCGACUUUUCACGACGGGUCUUGCUCCUCCACCUUCGCCACGGAAUUUGCAACCGAUCCGGGACACGUGUGGCCCGAGGAGGAUGCCGGCUCGAGCCCGAGCCAUCCGUCGGCGGAGUGAGUGAGGAAAUGUGAUCAUAUGCAUUUAUGUCAUUUCGUCUCGCGGGAGAGCGGUACGAGAGAAUGUUCGGAGAAUGUGUUCGGCCGGAAAGGUCGAGUUUCAGUGGAAUCGUUCACCAUAUACACACAAUCAUUCCGUCGAGGGCCCGAGCGAGGGCAGCAGACCCCCGGGAUGCCGCAUGCGAGGAAGCGGGCCGUGGGGACAUCGUUUCUUUUCCGAACUUGCAUGGAAGAACGAUGCCUUAAUUCCAGCAUAAAGAGGUCCGUGAACUGUAUAUUCUCCAGCCAUUACUGAGGUUGACUGCGUAGAUCUCAGACGCUUGCUUGGUGAAUCCGACCGCUCAUGUCAUGAAUAUGGGGGCCGAGGAUAUUGUAUACUUCGAGGAACUGUAAGGUCAGCUGAAGAUCAUGGUCAGCUAGCUGCAAUUAGUUUAUAGCUCACUAACUAGACGGUAAUGAAGGUUCUGGUCCAAACUCGCAUACCUGAGUCAUGUCCUUUAAAUUCCUGGUUUGACUAGAAUGUUUCUGGUACAGUACAUGACCAGGCUUCCCUGUAGGAGUUCAACGAACGAAGGGAUCUGACUCCCACCCUUCCAUUGAGUGAACCUGUUUACAUGUGGUAUCAUUGUGGUUGAAUUUGUGAAUCUGCGUUUGGAUAAGAAAUGAAUAUUUGAGGCUUCUGAGGUCC